GCGCACAUUCCAUCCACCGCCCAGACUAGCGACUAUGCGUUUCAUUACGUAAUACCGCCGUAUACCGAAUAAUAAGUCAGUACAUAAAGUACUUCGCAUUCCGCUUUCAAUGUGUGCUUUUCUUCAAAUGCCGUUUUAACGCUGCAAUUUCCUGCAGUAUACCUGCUUACAAUGAGAUAACCAUACAGAGAGCACCCAUGUACAUGUACAUGUACAUGUAUACGUUCGUUUUUAAGGUCAUUCGGCAGUCCAUUGACUAACCAUAGACCAUACAACACGGAAUUGAACUUGUUGCAAGAUGGGUGAGCGGUUUUUGCUUGUUGUGUUCUGGGUGCUGUUGCAACUGCUGUGCAGUUUGGCUCCGAUUAGCUCCAUGGCUCAACCCAACUCGUCUGAUGUGACGGCAUACCCUCCAUUGUGGGUAGACGUACCCAUGCUGGAAUAUCCGCCGCCGGACGAUGUCACUACAAUCACUUUAACGAAUACAUCUGUGGGUCUGUGCACUGACAAGCAUUUCUGCAGUAGUCUUGGUUGCGGCCCGUCUUUCUUUUUCGGUGUGGCACGCCACGAAAUGCCUCCUCUCUGCCAUUGCGACCAAGCCUGCGUGUUCUACGACGACUGCUGUCACGACUACGCAGCGACGUGUGGGGAGCAAACAUCACCAAGCACCGAUACAAGAAAUGUGAAAAUCGAGCGUGACAGUUUCUCCUGCGUUUCAUCUCGUAAGUUUCUAGCAAGCACCUACCUUCUUGUCAGUGUCUGUCCUGAAGAUUCUGACGCCCAGACGGCUGUUUCAUGCGAAGACCCUGGUGCCGAUGACGCGCUGGCUGCGAUUCCCUGCUAUAGCAAGAACAGCAGUUUGCAUUUCAGGAAUGUGUAUUGCGCCCUCUGUCAUGGGGAAGGAAUGGCAGACAUUAUCCCAUGGAAGGUCGUCGUUGACUGUGAUCUCAAUCCGUGGCAAUACGAAACGGCGAGAGAACUUCUGCUAAGUUCCAUAAAAAAUCUCGAUCGGAUUGAGCAAGAACUCGGGUGUGUCGUCAUCAUCCGCGCCCCAGAAAUGGACGACGUCACGAAGACGGCACGCGCGUGUUAUCCGGAUGUCAAAGGUCGCUGCGCAACGCAGCAGGAUCCACUGAGUGACGCCUGCGCGUCUUACACGGCACUCACGACGGUGGAUGGCCAAGGAAGUCUGGAGCUAUUCAGAAACCCGCACUGUGCUCUUUGCAACCUCCCCAAUGGGCCUGACCGAGUGGAGUAUGCUACAGACUGCAGCAGAGACUUUCCGGUAUUCUACCUAUCAGGCAUGUUUCCGAGCUUUCAUGGUGGAACUUUUGGUGGAACAGAUGAUCAGCUUCUUGGUGCACGUCCAAUGGGUAGAAUGUCUCCACCAAUUUCUAUUCUCUUUGAUUUUCGAGCUAGUAGCGAUGUUAAGAUCGUUCAGGGUAGAGAGUUUCAGAUUGCAGAGACAGUCCAGUGUCCUCGGAAUGAGGUCUACGAUCCUUUCGACUCGCGUUGCCGUCGAUUGUCGUGCCCCAACGGCUACCUUCUCAAGGACAAUCAGUGUGUCCCAGACAUAAAUGUCUUGGGGCAUGGCUGUGGGGACAAUGUCGACAUGAUCGUUGAAUUAACAGUCAAUUUUGGUGAUUGUCUGGGAGGUCUGUCAAAGGAUGAAGAUGCUCAACGAAUUGGAGACAUUCAGCUGUGUCUUGAAGAUUUCCUUGGAUUUGAGCAGGGGACCUUGCAGGCUGCAGCUUCCACCCCUGAACCAACCAUUAAUUGUCCAAGGGGUGUCGCUUAUUCAUUCUUUGCCAGUUCAACUGGCGAACCCUUGAAGAACUUCCAGGAAUUACAAGAGUUGUCCCUUCCAGCGACUCCAUAUUGCCAUAUAUUUGAUGCCAAAGCAAUGUGGUCCGUAGAAUUUAAACAACACUGUGAACAUUUACCCAGAGACAAAUGUACAGGGCGCUGGUUGAAUGACACCCAGUUCUCCCUCCCUGUUCAGAAUGGUACAACCCUUGUCUACGUCAACGCGUCCGCGUCUUGGUACGCUCUGAACCAGACGAUAAUACGCGCAAACUUCCAAAAGCGAGAACAAUCAUUUGAGCAGUUUACUCACGUGCAGAUCUGUGCCGAACCAACCCUGGCAUGUCCCUUGAUGGUUUUGAACUCUUCUCUUUUCCAUCCCGACGAAAACGACCCAGGGUCAAUCAUCCACAAUCGCACGGGAAGAGUUUUCAGGAGUGAUGAGUACGUAAGAACUGAAAGUGGUGGGAUUCAAGUUUGUUCAUUCUUUGACAGCAACGGUACCCGAAAUGGCACCACAUCUACCUUCUUGGAUUUCUCAAAACCUCAGCAAAUCCUGAGCCUGAUUGGUAACAUCGUCUCAAUGUCAGCAGCAGCCGUUACUUUUAUCACAUACUGUGCUUUCAAGGAACUCAGACAGCGAAUCAGUCUAGCGAUAAUGUCUCUGGUUGCUUGUCUCUUCCUAGCACAGUUGCUUCUUCUAGUCAGCGGCGCUGCAACCAGCAACCCACCAGCUUGCACAACAGUGGCAGUCUUGGGUCACUUCUUCUGGCUUUCAACAGUUCUCUGGACCAGUGUCUUGGCGUUCGACCUCAACCAAACUUUCGCCUACAGUUCUAAGAUCCGAAGGCUUGACUCCGACAAGCGGAUAUACCUCCUGCAUGUAACUUUCGCCUUUGGAGGAGCUAUGCUUAUCGUCCUGCCGUGCUUGGUGAUACACCUCUGUGGUUGCACAGACCUUCCAUUUUGGUAUGGCAACGAGAAUGUCUGCUGGAUUGGCAAUGGCUACGUCAACCUUGUAGCAUUUGGAGUUCCCAUAGGCGUAGUGGUGGUGGUGAAUGGCAUUUUAUUCGCAUUCACCGUUCGUGGGAUACGUUCUACGAAUAAACAGAGCAAUCCUCUCAAACACACUGACAAGACGGAGCUGCAAAGAAUGAGACAAGAGCUGAUGGUCUACAUAAAGAUUUCCAGUCUGAUGGGUUUCACGUGGAUCUUUGGCUUUGCAGCGGCAUUCAGUGACGUCACCGCUCUCUGGUACAUCUUCAUCAUCCUCAACUCCUGCCAGGGGCUCCUCAUCUUCCUCUCCUUCAUCUGCAACAAGAAAGUCUGGCGCCUCUGGAAGAACCUGCUCUAUGCUGGAAGAACCGAGAAAGGUUCUAGUUCCUACUCCACUCGUUCUUCGACGCGGCCGAUGUUAAAACACCGAAGUGGGAGUAACAGCAGCACCUCUACGCGCAAGACGACCGUGACUGAACUGUAGCCAACUUGGGACCAACAAGCCCUGCCCCGUGACGCUCUGAUCAAUCACGGCCUUGAUUAACGUCCGUCACAACCUCGUUUCCAUGGGUACAAUCUUGUUACGCCAUGUUGUUUCCUAUCAUGCCUUGCGCGAUCUUAGUGAAGGAACGCACACGCGCCCGUGGAGUACGCGAGGCUGCGUCCGUCAUGCGUGCACAAAAGUCAGACUCAAUACGCUGGCGGCUUGAACAUGCCUUGUGGCAGUGUAUCACGAGAAAGCCAUUUUUGGUCGUGUUCUCAAUAACUUGUUUUAUAAAUUGUGAACUGUUGAAAGGGAUGGUGCCAGACUAUUUAAGCAUUCUAGCCUCACUUUCAAUUUAACUUAAAAUGUGGCUUUAAACAUUAGGUGUAUUUAAUCACAAAUUUUAAAUAAUUCAUCAGAGCAGAUUGGUAUUAAAUUGUAAUAACUUUAUGUAAUUGCUUUCAUUUCUAUUCGCAAGUUUCAGAAAUGAAGAUUUUACCUCGCUUUCAAUUUAAUAUGGCCGACUCGUGAAUAAAGCCCAAUGGAGAGGCUAGGCUAGGCGCAGCUGCAGGUGUUGUAUGUUUCCAACGUGCGCAGUGGGCGGGGCUUAAUUCAUAGGUCCAUUAUAUGGAGGUGUUUCUUGCCUAGGUUACCAGCCAAAUUACACGCCAUGUAUAAUUAUUGCGACUGGUUCUCAACUCAUUUUUGCUAAGCAUAUAAAUUGCCAAGCUUCCUUUUGUUUCUGCUCAGGGGUUAAGUGAUAUUGGUCUAGGGCCAGUUGUAUGGAAGUGCUCAUUAGGCUUUUGUUUGGUUACCAGCCAAAGCUUAGUGGGCAUGUUAUGCAGACCGCUUUGAACUGGUUCUCUGCUGAUUUUUUGCGAAGUAGCAUAUUGCUAAGCACUUUUUCAGCUCUUCAGCAUGAAAUUUAGUCUGAGGAUCCGACAUUAACGUGGGCAGAGCCACGGUUUAACGUCUGAUAUUAUCAUUUGUUAUACCUCUGUCUUGAAUACUGUAUUUUCAUUGGC